CUCGUACGAUCGCGAAAGAAAGAAACAAUUUCUACGCUGUAUUUUUAUCAUUUUUGCUUGUACAAAUGUAGUUAAAUCGUAGCGAAGAUGCUGAGGUUACUUCAAUUCCUACCUAAGAAGUGCAGUGCUUUAACUUCCCACAGAGGUUUCUUUGCGGGCAGCGUGAAUGGUGGAGUUUUGCGUCAUGCAUUUCGCACAAAUGACGACGUAAACAAAGACGAUCUGCAGCUAUCUUUAGACGAUUCGAUAUCGGCAGCCACAGCACUCUGGAAUAAGGAGGAGCUUUUAUCGCGCAUGAAAUCUCUCCUAAACUGCAGCCAAGAGCAGUCGGAAAUACUUUACAAAGCGAACAAAAAAGCAUUACGUGUAUUCGCGCCGAAGCUGUUAACUGAUAACAUUGAAUUGUUGCGUGCACAUGGUAUCGAAGAGAAGUAUAUCUACGAUAACCCGAGGGUACUUUCGAAUCCAACAGAUGAACUUACCAAAAAGCUUCGAUUAUUGCAUGAGCUACCAGCUGUAGACGAUUUCAAAAUGCUAUCCCCGUUUCUAAAGGCAUCGAUAAAUGCAAUUCAACACAUGAUCGACGUAGCGAAGCAGGAAACCAUAGCCGGUGGAAACCGUAUUAACUACGUUAGCGAACGAACCGGCACCGACACAGUGAUCGUUACGAAAUUUUUUGCAUCAAACAUUCGAAUCUAUCGUAUUGCGCUUGAUAAGUUUACGUCUAAUCUAGAAAUUUGUCUACAACAUCUUGAACCCGCAGAUGUCGUUCGACACCUUUCGGUACUAGCUUACGCGCCCGCCUCUAUAAGGGAGCGGCUGGCGGCGCUUAAAAACUCUCCGCUGGAAACGAUCAAACCAUGGAUGGUACGGGUACCGGAUAUUGCGCUUAGCAAAUCGUUCGAGGCCGUCAUCGAAAAGGGAAAGCAGCCCGUGUUUAAGGACAACGUGACGGGCAUAUGGUUCGAAACCUACGUUAUCAAGCGCAUGGAAGCGCUUCUCAACUGCUCCGAGGAAACGGCCAAAUCCAUUUACGACAAGUGCAAAGGAUUCGUUUCACUGGUAGAUAAUAUUGAGUUUUUGUUGGAGAAAAAAAUUCGCCCAGAAGCAAUUGUGAAACACUCGCUGAUACUGACAACGAAGCGAGAGGAUUUGCACCAGAAAGUUGCCACCUUGGAAACACUCCAAUGCCUGCGGAACUUGAACGAUGUCAUACCGUUAUGCACACUGAAAGUGUAUCAGUUGAGAAAAAUUGUGUCUACCCUAAACAACGAACAGCUUGGCCCGGGCAGUACCAACCGGAUCUACUAUUUUGCAGACAGUACUGGCUUCCCACCGAGCGAGGUGACAGAACAGUUUGCCCGCCGAACGUUUAUGUUUCGACUUCCUAAGGAUAGCUUUUUGGAAAACUUGAAACUAUUCCAGCAGCACAUGAAUCGUGAAGACAUCCUGGCCGACCUGUGGGCCUUCAAAUACUCACCAGGUAUCGUGGCGGAACGUAUCGAAAGGGCGAAACAGGUCCGUGGAAAAAAAUUGAUGCCGUGGAUGGUUCGUUGUCCGGAUGUAGUGUUGGAAAAAUCGUUGCAGCUCACCAAAGAAAGCGGCCUGUUGCUAGGAGAAAAUGAAACCAUUGUCGAGUAUUUCUGCAAACGGUUAGGGUUCGAUCGCGAGGUGGCCAAUUCCAUUAUCCUCAAAGCACCCUCCGUCCGAAACGUCCGUAUUACGAAGGUUAAAAAGGUGAUUGAUUAUCUGCUGGAUGAGCUGGACUAUCAACCACAGGACAUUGCCCUAAAUCCUCGCAUCCUGAUGCACAGUCUACAAACGACGAAGAAACGGAUGAAUCAGUUGAAGGAAAUUGGUUGUCGGCCAAAGUCUUUAAUAAUAGUAUGUAAAAGUCAACGACAGUAUGACUUAUUCGUUAAGGAAUGGGUUGAUUCGAAGGAGAGGAUAAAAAAAGUGAAACAAUAUGGUUGAAUAAACCCUAUGGCUAUUGUUAGUGUAAAAAACUUGAAAAGAUACUGUAGAAUACAGAUUGUAGAUAAUAAUUUAAAAAAAACUGGCAGUAAUAACUACUGAAUCCGAAUUCCACUACUUCACAAACCCUUAUUUUUGAUAUUUGAAAUG